CAUCAUCCAUACCAUUUCACCAGACGAGACGAGAAUUAGAAAAAUUGUUAUAACAUCCUAAACCACAUACGAUACACCUUUUGUUAAAAGCAAAUAACAUAUAUGCUAAAUCUCUGAGUCAUUUCAUCGCAAGCAUCCAGAUCUGCGCCCAACUAUGACGCUUGAUCUUACCACCCUAGAUGCCCAUGAGCAACCAAGCCAUGAACUCAAGACUACUUGGAAGAGAUACUCUAAAACCGAUCAUGCAGAUUUCGUCAAUCAUCCGGAUAUUGAUGAAUUAGAUCUUACCAAGGAUCAAAAGGAGUUCAAGUUAGCAGGACACAUCCCUAGCGAAAGGCUCUCAAAUUCAAUCAAGCAACUUAUGGGCGAGAGUUGGGAUGAGAAACAAGUGGUUCACGACGUCCCCUUCUAUUUCCAUCCCUUACUUCCAGGCCUACUCAUAUACCCAUCUCUUAUUCCGUCAAACACGCAAAAAGCACUUCUGUCUCGUAUGAUCCAUAGAGACCUAAGCAACCCCACUCAUCAGACUAAUCUACACCCUCACUACGAUCUCCCCUAUAGGGAAAAAGAUAACGAAGAUGCCACUUCCCAGUCAUUCUUCUCUUACCCACAAGACGCCUCUGCGAAAUUCAGCCCAAAGGAUCCCAAAAUACACAAGCCCCUAUCCAUCAAGCAAGUCCUUGAACGGCGGCUUUCUUGGGUAACUCUUGGGGGACAAUAUGAUUGGACAAACCGAGAGUACCCCGAUCAACUCCCUCCCGAUUUCCCCCAUGAUAUUGCCAAUUUUCUUCAGACACUCUUCCCCGAUACUGUUCCCCAAGCGGCCAUCGUCAAUUUCUAUAGCCCCGGAGAUACGAUGAUGAUGCAUCGGGAUGUGAGCGAAGAAUCGGACAAGGGACUUGUGAGUCUAAGCAUUGGAUGCGAUGCUCUUUUCAUGAUCGCACCGAAUAACUAUACAAAACCCGCAAACUCCGAUGGUGAGGAAUCAUAUCGAAAGCCGUACCUUCUUCUACGGCUCCGAUCCGGUGACGCCAUCUACAUGUCUCAGGAAUCUCGCUACGCUUGGCAUGGCGUACCAAAGGUUCUGAAGGAUACAUGUCCGGAUUUUAUAGCAGAUUGGCCUGCUGAAGAAAACAGGUUCAAGGAGUGGAAAGGGUGGAUGCGAAACAAACGUAUCAACCUCAAUGUGAGGCAGAUGAAGGACCGAGCCUAGGCUUAUAACACCAUUACGCUACAUCUAAAUGGAUUUAUUCACAUUUUCACUAAUUUAGAUAUAUACA